AUGGCCUGGGGCCCCCUGGCUCGACUCCUGCUGGCCUGGACGGCCCUGUUGUGCGUGGUGGGAGUCCAGGGCCGUUGGGACAGGGCCUUGGAGUCUGCAGGCCCUGGACGUGUGCACGGGCCCAAUGUGUGCGGCUCCCGUUUCCACACCUACUGCUGCCCCGGCUGGAGGACGUUGCCAGGCGGGAACCAGUGUGUCGUUCCCGUCUGUAGGCACGCCUGCGGCGAGGGCUUCUGCUCCCGACCCAACCUUUGUGCCUGUGCUGAUGGGCAGCUGGCCCCCAGCUGUGGGGUGAGCCGAGGGUCGGGGUGCAGCGUGAGCUGCAUGAAUGGGGGCAGCUGCCGAGGGGAGUCCUGCCUGUGCCAGAGGGGCUACACAGGCACUGUGUGUGGGCAGCCUGUCUGCGACCGUGGUUGCCACAACGGGGGCCGCUGCAUCGGACCCAACCACUGCGCCUGUGUGUACGGCUUCAUGGGGCCUCAGUGUGAGAGAGACUACCGGACGGGCCCCUGCUUUGGCCAAGUCGGCGCUGAGGGCUGCCAGCACCAGCUCACGGGCCUCGUGUGCACUAAGGCUCUCUGCUGUGCUACCGUGGGCCGUGCCUGGGGCCUCCCGUGCGAGCGCUGCCCCGCACAACCGCACCCCUGCCGCCGAGGCUUCAUCCCCAAUAUCCGCACAGGGGCCUGCCAAGAUGUGGAUGAGUGCCAGGCGGUCCCAGGCUUGUGCCAGGGGGGCAGCUGCAUCAACACUGUGGGCUCCUUCGAGUGCCGCUGCCGGACGGGACACCGGCUCAGUGAGAACAGCGCCAAGUGUGAAGAUGUGGAUGAGUGUCUCAGCAUGCCGGGCCUCUGCUCUGGGGGCGACUGCACCAACACCCUCGGGAGCUUUGUGUGCACCUGUCCCCGUGGGUUUGCCAGCAGCCUGGACGGCUCCCGCUGCCUGGACCACCGGGCCGGCACCUGCUUCUCUGUACUGAUCGUGGGCCGCUGUGCUGGAGACCUCGCCGGCCAUUAUACUCAGAGACGGUGCUGCUGUGACAGGGGCAGGUGCUGGGCACCUGGCCCAGCCCCUGAGCCAUGUCCUCUGCGGGGCUCUGAUGAGUUCCAGCGACUGUGUGUGCAGGGGCUCCCGCUGCUGCCCUCCUCCCCUGGCCCCUUCCCUGGUCUCCCUGGCUUUGGGUCCAACGGUGUGGGUCCUGGCCUUGGGCCGGCGCGGCACAGCCCCCAUGGCUCCAGUGGGCGUGGUGUUCCCAGCCUGGGCCUUGGCAAUGCCCACAUUGGCACAGCCACCUUGAACCAGACCAUCGACAUCUGCCGACACUUCACCCAUCUGUGUCUCAACGGCCGCUGCCUGCCCACCCCCUCUAGCUACCGCUGCGAGUGUAACGCGGGCUACACGCAGGACGUUCGAGGGGAGUGCAUCGACGUGGACGAAUGCGCCAGCAGCCCCUGCCACCAGGGAGACUGCGUCAACACCCCCGGCUCCUACCGCUGCCGGUGCCGCGAGGGCUUCCAGGCGACGCGGGCCAAGCAGGCGUGCGUGGACGUGGACGAGUGCCUUGCCGGCAGCAGCCUCUGCCACCACGGCCGCUGCGUCAACACGGAGGGCAGCUUCCGGUGUGUCUGCAACGCGGGCUUCGAGCUGGGCCCCGGCGGCAAGAACUGUGUGGAUCACAACGAGUGUGCCACCACCACCAUGUGCGCCAAUGGAGUGUGCAUCAACGAGGACGGCAGCUUCACGUGUCUCUGCAAAUCCGGCUUCCUGCUGGCGCCCGGUGGCCGCUACUGCGUGGACAUCGAUGAGUGCCAGACUCCGGGCAUCUGCAUGAACGGCCACUGCACCAACACCGAGGGCUCCUUUCGCUGCCACUGCCUGGGGGGGCUGGCCGUGGGCGCGGACGGCCGCGUGUGCGUGGACACCCAUGUGCGCACCACCUGCUAUGGAGCCCUGGAGCAGGGCUCCUGCGCCCACCCCUUCCCUGGUGCGGUCACCAAAUCCGAGUGCUGCUGCGCUAGCCCAGACCACGGAUUUGGGGAGCCCUGCCAGCCGUGUCCCGCCAAGAACUCUGCCGAGUUCCAGGUUCUGUGCAGUAGCGGCCUGGGCAUCACCACCGACGGUAGAGACAUCAACGAGUGCGCCCUGGACCCCGACGUCUGCACCCACGGCGCGUGUGAGAACCUGCGCGGCAGCUACCGCUGCGUCUGCAGCCCGGGCUACGAGGCGGGCGCGGCCGGCAAGGAGUGCGUGGACGUGGACGAGUGCGCUCGCAACAGCCUCCUGUGUGGCAACGGCUGGUGCCGGAACAACCCCGGCAGCUACAGCUGCUCCUGCGCCCAGGGCUUCGGCUUCCGGCAGGACACGGAGACCUGCGAAGACAUCAACGAGUGCCUGUCCAACCCCUGUGUCAAUGGCGCGUGCCGGAACCUGGCCGGUUCCUAUGCCUGCGAAUGCGCCCCUGGCAGCCGGCUGGGGCCCUCCGGCACCAUGUGCCUUGAUAGCACCAAGGGCACCUGCUGGCUCAAGGUGCAGGAGGGCCGCUGUGAAGCGAACCUGCGCGGAGCCCCCCUGCGGUCCGAGUGCUGUGCUACCCUGGGCGCUGCCUGGGGGAGCCCCUGCGAACGCUGUGAGCCCGACCCUGCCUGUGCCCGUGGCUUUGCCCGCAUGACGGGGCUCACCUGUGAAGAUGUGAACGAGUGCGAGGUCUUCCCCGGGGUCUGUCCCAAUGGGCACUGCUUCAACACUGCUGGCUCCUUCCGCUGCGUGUGCCCCGACGGCUUGACACUGGACACCACGGGCCGGCUGUGCGUGGACAUGCGCCUGGAGCCGUGUUUCCUGCGUUGGGACGAGGACGAGUGUGGGGUCGCCCUGCCCGGCAAGUACCAGAUGGACAUCUGUUGCUGCUCCGUGGGGGCCGCCUGGGGGGCUGCGUGCGAGGAGUGCCCAGAGCGCGCGUCCCCGGCGUUUGCCAGCCUGUGUCCCCGGGGGCCGGGCUUCGCCAGCUGGGACUUGCUGUCAGGCCAGCCCUUCUAUAGAGAUGUGAAUGAGUGCAAGGCGUUCCCCGGCCUCUGUGUGCACGGCACCUGCAGGAACACUGUGGGCAGCUUCCACUGCUCCUGUGCGGGGGGCUUCGCCCUGGAUGCUCAGGGAAGGAACUGCACAGACAUUGACGAGUGCCACAUCUCCCCUGACCUCUGUGGCCAGGGCACCUGUGUCAACACCCCGGGCAGCUUUGAGUGCGAGUGUUUCCGUGGCUACGACAGUGGCUUCAUGCUGAUGAAGAACUGCGUGGACGUGGACGAGUGUGUGCGGGACCCGCUGCUGUGCCGGGGCGGUACCUGCACCAACACGGAGGGGAGUUACACGUGUCAGUGCCCCCCUGGACAUGCGCAGACGGCCCAGGGCACCGCCUGUGAGGAUGUCGACGAGUGUUCCCUGAGUGACGGCCUGUGUCCCCACGGCCACUGUGUCAACGUCAUUGGGACCUUCCAGUGCUCCUGCCAUGCUGGCUUCCAGAGCACGCCUGACCACCAGGGCUGCAUGGACAUAAACGAAUGCCAUGCCGGGAAUGGUGGCUGUGACGUGCACUGCACGAACACGGAGGGCAGCUACCACUGUGGUUGCGGCCGUGGCUACUCACUGAUGCCCGACGGGAGGGCGUGUGCAGACGUGGAUGAGUGUGCGGAGAACCCGGACAUCUGCGACGGGGGCCAGUGUGCCAACAUGCCAGGGGACCACCACUGCUUAUGCUAUGACGGCUUCAUGGCCACACUGGACGGGAGGACGUGCGUUGACGUGAACGAGUGUGACCUGAGCCCCCACAUUUGCCUCCACGGGCACUGUGAGAACACAAAAGGUUCCUUUGUCUGCCACUGCCGCCCGGGUUACGUCAUCAGGAAGGGGGCCACGGGCUGCUCCGAUGUGGACGAGUGUGAGCUUGGGGGACACAGCUGUGACAGUCACGCUUCCUGCCUCAACGUCCCUGGGAGUUUCAGCUGCAGGUGCCAGCCAGGCUGGGUGGGGGAUGGCUUCGCAUGUCACGACCUGGAUGAGUGUGCCUUCCCAGAGCAUUGGUGCAGCCUGAGAGCUGACUGUUUGAACGCUCCCGGUUCCUACCGCUGCGUCUGCCGCCUCGGCUUCACCGGGGACGGCUUCUCCUGUGAAGACAGGGACGAAUGUGCCGAGGACGUGGACCUCUGCGAGAACGGGCAGUGCCUCAAUGCCCCCGGCGGGUACCGCUGUGAGUGUGAGAUGGGCUUCGGCCCCACGGAGGACCACCGCGCCUGCCGGGAUGUGGACGAGUGUGUCCUCGGGAACCUCUGCGUGUUCGGGAGCUGCGAGAACCUGCCCGGAAUGUUCCGCUGUGUCUGUAGUGGGGGCUACGAGCUGGACCGCGGUGGGGUCAACUGCACGGAUGUCAAUGAGUGCGCAGACCCCGUGAACUGCAUCAAUGGCCUGUGUAUCAACACCCCCGGAAGCUACCUCUGCAGCUGCCCCCAGGAUUUUGAGCUGAACCCCAGCGGCGUGGGCUGUGUGGACACCCGGGUCGGGAACUGCUUCCUGGACACGCAUGACCGAGGGGACGGUGGCAUUUCCUGCACUGUGGAGAUCGGGGUUGGCAUCACCCGCGCAUCCUGCUGUUGCUCCCUGGGACGGGCCUGGGGCAACCCCUGUGAACCGUGCCCGAUGGCCAACACCACUGAGUACAGAACCUUGUGCCCCGGGGGCGAGGGCUUCCGGCCCAACCCCAUCACUGUCAUCCUGGAAGACAUUGAUGAGUGCCAGGAGCUGCCUGGGCUGUGUCAGGGGGGCGACUGUGGCAACACGUUCGGCAGCUUCCAGUGUGCAUGCCCCCCUGGCUACCACCUCAAUGGGGACACCCGCACUUGUGAGGACAUCGACGAAUGCUCUGCACACUCGGGCAUCUGCGGCCCUGGUACCUGCUACAACACCCUGGGGAACUACACCUGUGUCUGCCCCGCGGAGUACCUGCAAAUCAACGGUGGCAACAACUGCAUGGACAUGAGGAAGAGCAUCUGCUUCCGGCACUAUAAUGGUACAUGUGGAAAUGAGCUGGCGUUUAACGUGACCCGGAAGAUGUGCUGUUGCUCGUACAACAUUGGCCAGGCCUGGAACAGACCCUGUGAGGCCUGCCCCACCCCUGCCAGCUUGGACUACCAGAUCCUGUGCGGACACCAGGCCCCUGGCUUCGUCAUUGACAUCCACACAGGGAAGCCCCUCGCCGGCCACGAGUUGUGGAGCCCUGGGCAGGUUCCUGCAUGCAGUGCCACUCCUCUUGACCGGCUUCGUGGCAUUCCACGGGUGGACCCAUGCUGCGUCAUGAGCCCGUCCCCCCUGGGUGGGCACUGGGUUCCCUUUCUGUACAGACGGAACGAGUGUCGGGAGAUCCCAAACGUCUGUAGUCAUGGCGACUGCGUGGACACAGAGGGCAGCUACACAUGCCUUUGUCACCGUGGCUUCCGCGCCUCGGCGGACCAGACCCUGUGCUUGGACGUCGACGAGUGUGACCAGCAGCCGUGUGGAAAUGGGACCUGUAAGAACAUUGUCGGCUCCUACAACUGCCUCUGCUUCCCCGGCUUCGUGGCAGCACCCAGUGGAGAUUGCGUGGACGUGGAUGAGUGCACCACUCUGGUGGGGCAGGUGUGCCAAUUUGGCCAGUGCCUUAACACAGCUGGCUCCUUCCACUGCAUCUGCCAGGAUGGCUUCGAGCUCACAGCCGACGGGAAGGACUGUGUGGACACCAACGAGUGUUUCAGCUUCACGGGAACCUGCCUGCCAGGCACUUGCCAGAACCUUGAGGGCUCCUUCCGCUGCGUCUGUCCCCCUGGCUUCCAGGUGCAGAAUGACCGCUGUGUUGACACCGACGAGUGCUCGGAGGAGCCCAACCUCUGCCUCUUUGGCACCUGUACCAACAGCCCUGGGAGCUUCCAGUGCCUCUGCCCGCCUGGUUUCGUCCUCUCCGACAACGGGCACCGUUGCUUUGACACGCGGCAGAGUUUCUGCUUCACCCGUUUUGAGGCCGGGAGGUGCUCUGUGCCCAAAGCUUUCAACACCACCAAGGCCCAGUGCUGCUGCAGCCAGAGGCCUGGCGAGGGCUGGGACGACCCCUGUGAGCUGUGUCCUCAGGAGGGCAGCGCUGCCUUUCAGGAGCUCUGCCCCUUUGGCCACGGGGCCGUCCCAGGCCCGGAUGACUCUCGGGAAGACGUGAACGAGUGUGCGGAGAGCCCCGGCGUCUGCACCAACGGCCUGUGCGUCAACACCGACGGCUCAUUCCGCUGCGAGUGUCCCUUUGGCUACAGCCUGGACUUCACAGGCAUCCGCUGUGUGGACACGGACGAGUGCUCCGUCGGGCACCCCUGCGGCCGAGGCACCUGCACCAACGUCAUCGGAGGCUUCGAAUGCGCCUGCGCCGACGGCUUCGAGCCUGGCCCCACGAUGACCUGCGAGGACGUGGACGAGUGCUCCCUGAACCCCCUGCUCUGCGCCUUCCGCUGCCGCAACACCGAGGGCUCCUACGUGUGCACCUGCCCGGCCGGCUACGCCCUGCGGGAGGACGGCGCCAUGUGCCGAGAUGUGGACGAGUGUGCGGACGGUCAACAGGACUGCCACGAGCGGGGCAUGCUGUGUAAGAACCUCAUCGGCACCUUCGCCUGCGUCUGCCCCCCAGGCCUGCGGCCUCAGCCCAGCUCCGGGGAGGGCUGCACAGAUGAGGAUGAAUGUCGUGCCCAGCCCAGCCUGUGUACCAACGGACACUGUAUCAACACCGCGGGCAGCUUCCAGUGUGACUGCAACAAGGGUUUCCGGCUCAGCCCCGCCGGCACCGAGUGUCAUGACGUCCGGCAGGGGCCCUGCUUCUCCGAGGUGCUGCAGGCCGUGUGCCAGGCUCAGUCGAGCAGCGGUGAGGCCGUCACGAGGGCCCAGUGCUGCUGUGGGGGCGGCCGGGGCUGGGGGCCCCGCUGUGUGCUCUGUCCCCUGCCUGGCACCUCUGCCCACAGGACCCUGUGCCCCCACGGCCCGGGCUACACCGCUGAAGGCCAAGAUGUGGACGAGUGCCACAUGCUUGCUCACCUGUGCCCCCAUGGUGAGUGCAUCAACAGCCUUGGCUCCUUCCACUGUCGCUGCCAGUUUGGGUAUACGUCAGAUGCUGCUGCCACAGCCUGUCUGGAUGUAGAUGAGUGUGGCCAGGCCCCCACACCAUGCGCCUUCCUCUGCAAAAACACUGAGGGCGGCUUCCUGUGUGCCUGCCCCCGAGGCUACCUGCUGGAGGAGGACGGCAAGACCUGCAGAGACCUGGACGAGUGCUCCUCUAGGCAACACAACUGCCAGUUUUUCUGCGCCAACACCAUCGGCUCCUUCACCUGCCGCUGUCCCCCCGGCUUCACGCAGCACCACCAGGCCUGCCUUGACAAUGACGAGUGCUUGGCUCAGCCUGGCCCGUGUGGCACCCACGGGCGCUGUCACAACACGCCCGGCAGCUUCCGCUGUGAGUGCCACCAAGGCUUCGCCCCGGACAGCUCAGGCCGAGGCUGUGAAGACGUGGAUGAGUGUGACGGGCCCCAUCGCUGCCCGCAUGGCUGUCAGAACGAGCUGGGGGGCUACCGCUGUGGCUGUCCCCAGGGCUUCACCCCGCACUCCCAGUGGAGCCAGUGUGUGGACGAAAACGAGUGUGCGCUGUCCCCUGCGGCCUGUGGCAGCGCCUCCUGCCACAACAUGCUGGGCGGCUUCCGCUGCGUCUGCCCCUCUGGCUUUGACUUUGACCAGGCCCUGGGGGGCUGCCAGGACCUAGAUGAGUGUGCCGCCCGGGGAGGCCCCUGUAGCUACAGCUGCACCAACACCCCUGGCGGCUUCCUGUGUGGCUGUCCCCAAGGCUACUUCCGGGCCGGGCAAGGGCACUGUGUCUCUGGCCUGGGCUUCAGCCCUGGACCCCAGGAGGCCCCAGACGAGGAGGAGCUGCUCUCAUCCGAAGCCUGCUAUGAAUGCAAGAUCAAUGGCCUCGCCCCUCGUGACCGGCCACAGCGCAGCGCCUACGGGGGCCACCAGGUGAGCCUGGCCAGCCUUGACUCGGAGGCCCCACUGACCUUGGGCCUGAACCUCUCACGCCUGGGCGGGGCUGAGCACAUUCUGGAGCUGCGGCCAGCCCUGGAGAGCCUGCGGGGACGGGUCCGCUAUGUCAUUGCCCGUGGCAAUGGGCCAGGUUUCUUCCGCAUGCAUCACCUCCGGGGCCUCAGCUCCCUGCAGCUGGGGCGACGGAGGCCAGGGCCUGGAACCUACCAGCUGGAGGUGGUGAGCGUGGCAGGGCCCUGGGGCACCUGGCCGAAGGGGCAGCUGACACCAGGGGGCGGGGCCUUGCGGCUGAAGGUGCAUCUGCGGCUGCUGUAACUGGAAGGAGCCCGCACCUCCUGCCUGACCUCAGGCCCCUCCCGCAGCCCCCUCUCUGGAGUCCCUGCAUGCGCACUGCCCCAUCCUUGCCUCUUCCGGCAGGAUUUGGGGGAAACUGAUGUCACUCAGCUCACUGCACACCGCAGAGAGACCCUGGUGACCCUGGUGAAGCCUUGGCCUCGGGUGCGCCCCAGGGCCCCCCAUUCAUCCUCUUCUCCUGAACGGCAGAUUCUGGAGUUGGGGGGCUACCGAUCCCACCAGCAAUGGGAUCACUGACCAGGUGGAACCCCAAAACUCAGGAAGAGUAAAAUGUGAUUCUGCGACCUCAGGCGAACCCAGCCUCUGCCCAGGGGGACCCCAACAUUGCGCCUUGUCUGGAGACAGCUGGAAGCCAUGGCAUGCACCGCCCUCCUCCACCAACCAGGGUCAAGGAGGGGCCUGUGAUUCACCGUAGCUGGUCAGUCUCAGGCUUACACUGCUGCACUGCCCCAGGGCUCACCCCUGGGGCGUGGUGGGACAUGGGAACGGACAGCUGGGGUGGGCCUGGGCCUUGGCCCUCCGAGCCAAAGAGCCUCUGGGGCCCCAGCCAGAGUUGGUGACACGCAGCCAUGCUCGAGCCCCCGGUGGGGUGGGCUAGGGUUCCAGCCUGCUUUUAUAUCAGAAGCAGAGACAACAAUAAAGUUAUUUUGGGUUGA